AUGCUCGGCUCAGGUUUCAAUCUUGGCACUUGCUUGUCUCGACGUUCACGAAAUUCCUGCUGCACUAUCUUCACACGCGCCUGGGAAGUUUCACGAGCGGGUUCAGAAUUGCGGAUGUUUGUCCCACGGCCAGCUCUGUUGGUCCUGAUGCCCUGUAAGGUUGUGGGUGGACUGGAAGACGGACUGCUGAGAAAUUCGACCUGA